AUGAAAAUUAUAGAUUCAAGUAUCUGUAACAUAAAUGUGAUCGAGAAAAUAGCAAAUGAUAAAAUUAUUCGAAGUGGAGCAAAAGGUGAAGAAGGAGCAUCUAACAGGAAAAGAAAAAAAACUUUUUCAGGUGAGAAAUCACUUCAUGUAACGAUAUGUUCUUCACAAAGCAGAGAAGAAAUUCUUCAUGCAACUCACGAAAAAGGCAAUAUUAACAUUGCCAUCACUGAAAAUGUGAAUAAUAAAAAGGGACAAAGCGUACCCAAUGGACAAGUAGAAUUUCCCCACAUAACUGCAAUUCCAAAUUCGUUACAAAAGACACAGUUAAAAAUGAGCUCCAUGGCUCGAGCUGAAUCCGUGGAUGGAAUUGGUUCCCUGACUAGAAUUGCCUGUGUGACUCGAAUUAACCAUGUUGGGGGAAACCUGAAUGAUGAGGAAUUAAAAUCGAAAGUGAAAGAAUUUUACAAAGGUGCACACGAAAAUGUUAAUGUGAAUGACAUGGGGGAGAAGCUGCAAGAAGGUGAAGAGGAAAAAAAAAAAAAGAAAAAUCACUCAUAUCCAUUUGUACGAGAUGAAAAUAAAAAGAGUAAGGAAAAUGAACUAGUGGAUGAAGAAAACUAUAUGUACAAUUUCCAAAAAAAAAAUACAUUAACAGAAAAUGAGGUCUGCUCACAUAAAUUUGCCCAUGCUAUAAAAAUUAAAGAAGAAUUUUGCAGAGAAUCUUCCCCUAAUGGAAAUCCAGAUUCAUUAUGUGAUAAAAUAAAGGCAUCAGAAAUGUUUUAUAUCCCUAAAUUCCAACCCUGCUUUUGUGAGAAUUCAAACGCAAGGGUAGUAGUGCCCAUAAGAGGAAAUGAUAAAAGUGAUCACAACCCCAACCAGCACAGUGAUUCACAAAAUGUGGAGGAUUCAAAGAAUAUUGAGAAGGAAAUAAAGUAUUUAAUAAACAUAGAGAAAAAUGGCUUGAUUUGCCGAAGCAAUACAGGGGAAAAUGUAGAAGAUGGAAAAACCAAAAAUUCAGGAGAAGCAAAUGGAAGAGUUGGUGAGAAUAAGGAAUGUGCAUCGAAGGGAAACAAUCGAAAGAAUGAUAUCCAAGUUGGUGAUAAUUAUAAUGUAGGUGAAGUGGAGGGAGAUAAAUCAGCAGAACGAUCAGCAGCAGAACGAUCAGCAGCAGAACCAUCAACAGCAGAACCAUCAGCAGCAGAACCAUCGGCAGCAGAACCAUCAGCAGCAGAACCAUCGGCAGCAGAAGCACCACCAUCUCCUACUUCAGAAUCAGAAUCCACAAACGAUAUCGAACAAUUAAAAGCAGAAAUUAAAAAGGAAAUAUACAACAGAUUAAGCAUAGCACUAGAUAUUAAUAUGUGCCUGAACACAGAUGAAGAAUAUUAUGACAAAUUUAAAAAAAAAAAAAAAUUCAGAAAAUAUAUUGUGAAUACAUCAAAAUUUGUUAUUAUCCUGGGAAAGCAACUAAACCUGUCAUUCUCUACCAUAACAAUAGCAUUAUACUACUUACAUAGAUACCAUCAAAAGGUCUUGAAAAAAAAAAAAAAUUCAUUACCAUAUUUAUUAGCAGGUGCAUGUAUAUUUCUUGCAUGGAAAUUAAGGGAAGAUUUCGAGAAUUUCAAAAAGUCUAAAAAGUUGUACGAUAUUCCUAAAAUUAUUUUUAAACUGCUAAACUAUUUCGACAAAAAAAAAAAAAUAAAAAAAAAAAUGAAAGAAAUUCAAAUUGGAAUGCUCAUCAAUAGCAAGUCCACCAACAGAGGGGAAUUCAAAAUUUCCUCUGAGGACACAUUUGGCACAUUCAUGGAGAGGGUAAAGCGGACGGAGAUGCAGAAAGGGGAUCGCAGAAGUAGGGAAAACGAACGAGGCACAAAUGAUAGAGCCAUAAAUGAUAGAGCCAUAAAUGAUAGAGGCAAAAAUGAUAGAGACCAAAAUGAUAGAGAAAAAAAGGAUAGAGAAAAAAAGGAUAGAGAAAAAAAGGAUAGAGACAAAAAUGAUAGAACCAUAAAUGAUAGAGGCAAAAAUGAUAGAGACAAAAAUGAUAGGGGCAAAAAUGACAUAGGCACAGUGAAAAAAAAAGAAAGAAAUACAUCCCCUGUGAGAGACACGAAAAAGCUAGCUACGGAGGAAGAAAAGAAAAAAAAAAGCCUCUACCACGACUUGGAUGAAAUAAAAGGAAUAAUAAACACGGGAUACAUUUCAGAUGUGAAUAAUAUAAGUCACGUUAGCGAUUACUUCAACUCCUACCUUUCUGAAUACAACAGUAAUGAUGUUUCUGAAUAUGAAGAAUGCGAGUCAGGGGUAUCAUCCAUUCCUAAACAGAAUGAUGAUAAAAAGGAUACACAAAGUGACAGUAGCAUAUGUAAAAAUUUAGCUGACAAUCAAGAGCAGAUGACAAAGAGGGAUAUAAGGAAGUUCCAACAAUUGUGUAAAAAUGAGAAACAGAAAAUAAAAAUAUCAUCUUCUCAAUGGAUUUUAAAAAACUCAGGACAGAAAUUACAACUUAUGCAGAAAAUUAUAAUCUACUACGAGGGAGAAAUAUUAAAGAGUAUAAAUUAUUUUUUAAAAACAGAGAAUUUUUCUUUUGAAAUAUUACCAUCAUUUAUAGCCUCAUUUGGAUAUAUAAUGAAAGACUACAUUGAACAAAAACAAAUAUCUUAUCUCCAAAAAAUUGCAUUUCUAAGUAUCUUAGAUUAUUAUAAAACACCACUCUGCUUGAUUUUCAACUCCAAAGAAAUAAUGGUUGCAUGUAUAUUACGUUCUUACAUUUCACUUAAGUGCAUUUGUUCACAGCUCCAUCUGCGAACCUUGUCUCUCCAAGAUUUCGAAAACAAAGCAAUCCAUUUUACACAAUUCCUAAGCUGUGAUAAUCCAAUAAGCAUAAAUAGGGUAAAGAUAGCAUUACGGGAAAUCAGGCUCUUCGACGAGUGA